AUGGCCAAAAGUAAACCCAGAGUAAACACCCGCGCCGCACGGCGGGCGGCUUCGCCCGUAGAUCGGUCUCUGGAUGCUGCCCCUCGAGUGGAGGAAACCGUUGAACGCCCUUCCGUCUUGGCCGAGCGUCGCAGCUCCGGUAUUCAAAAGAAGCAGGCACAGAAGAAGCUGUCUAGGGCACAGCGCUUGAGACAGCAGAAGGGUAUGGACCGAGCAGAGGCUGUCUUGGACCAAUUGCAAAUUAAGAAGGCCAAGAGUGUCACCCGGGGAAAGGCCGUCAAAGCACGAAGUGCCGAAUGGGAAGAUUUGAACAAGAAGAGCUCGGCCUUUGCUGCUCUUCAGCAGGACGACGAAGACGAAGAAGAACAUGAUGAUAAUGAUGCCAUGACCGAAGAUACUGCGCCCACAAAGCCCAAACCUAAUCCCUUUGCUUCUGCAUCGACUGAUGUGGUGGAGGAUCCUGCGACCGUUGAUGAAGAUGAUCAGAUCACCUGA